UUCUUUUUACAGAAGUUGUCUCUGGUGGAAAGAGUGACAGUGUGAAAUCUGUGUUGGUACUGCCUUGAAGAGGGCAUGAAGGUAGGACUGCCUUGAAGAGCCCCGUGGAGAGAGAGCACACAUGUGAAAUGGAGACCUUGUCUGCUGUGUGUGGCUCAUGGCUGGUAUUGCUAACCUGAGAGUCUGAAUAACAGCAAGAGUGCUGGGAGUUCCUCCUGCUUUCCAAUGCCAGCUGCGGGGCCUGAUUGCCUGCAUGCUGCCCAACAGCUGCCACAAGCUGAUGUGGGUGGAGGUGCCCCAGAGCGGUGCUGGGAGCCUUACCUGCCCCGAGGCUGAGGGCAAUGCCAUUUCUCUCUGUUCCCUCCAAUGAAGCUCACGGGUGUGAAAAAGAGAAACGGAGGUUGACUCAGUUUCACGUCUCAUUCUCUUUUCAUCUGUGGUCCUUUUUCCUUUUAAGCCCUAACUUACCGGGUCGAACGCUCGCUACUCAAGUGCGAAUGCAGGAAGGCCAGUUAUUUCCCUCCCUUUCUCCCGGACGCCGGUUGCCGCCCGCAAUGCAGGCCGGGGCCGGCGGGCGGAACCCUCGGCGCGGGGUCGGUUUCCGUGCGGGCGGCGAAUUGCGCAGCCCCGCCAUGGCGGCGGAGGGAGAGGAUCCGCUGGGCUACUUCGCGGCCUACGGCAGCUCCAGCUCCGACUCGGAGGCCGACGAAGCCUCGGCCGAGGAGCGGCAGACAGGAGCCGGCGCAGCGGCGGGGAGCAGCCCGGGAAGCCGGCCGAAGCUGCCGCCGCCGGACGAGCUCUUCCGAAAGGUGUCCCAGCCGCCCGCCUUCCUCUACAACCCGCUCAACAAGCAGAUCGACUGGGAGAGCCGCGUCCUGCGGGCGCCCGAGGAGCCGCCCAAGGAGUUUAAGGCGUGGAAGACGAACGCCGUGCCGCCGCCGGAGGUGUACAGCCCGCCCGAGAAGAAGCCUCCGCCGGCCCCCGCCGUCGACAUGGCCAUCAAGUGGUCCAACAUCUACGAGGACAACGGCGACGACGCGCCGCGGCCCGCCGGCAGAGCCAGGUUCCUGCCGGAGGAGGAGGAGGAGCACGCGGUGUCAGAUGAUGAAAAAGAUGAUGAACCAGCUUAUGCUAAGAAACGGAAACUAGACUCCGGGGAGAAGACAAAGAGGAAGAAGGUAUAAGCAGAAUACGCUUGGUUUUAGUGUGAUGAGAGUUUAAAUGAACUUGGAUUCCUCUGGAAUGUGGAACAAAUACAUGUUUACUGAAUUUCUCUCUCCUGUUGGGUAGGGAAUUUUAUUUCAGCAGUAUGCUUGCCUUUUGGAAAGCACAAAACUUAACGGACAGUGUUGUGGUAGAAACUCAUCUGCUAAACAAAAUUUAAACCUGUUAAUUUAAAGAGGUGUCUUAAAACGUUGUGAUGGAGACUUGUGCUCAUGGGUACAGGAUUCACUGGUAUUUUGUUUAUCAAGAAACCUGGUAGCGUGAGCUUUUCUUGACUGAUUUUUCCAUUGUGUCAAAGCCUUUUAUAAAGGAGCAUAUACUAAAGAUUCUUUAAGUAUUGUACUGUGAUUUGUUUGAAUGAUGCUGUUUUGAAAUUUAUGUAAAGAUAGUCACUGGAAUAAAACUACAUUUUGAAA